AUGAAGGCCACCCCAUUGCUCAUCGCAUGGCACAACGACAAUGCGCCCAUCUACUCGGUUCAUUUUGAGCCCAAUGGCAAAGGCCGUCUAGCAACGGCUGGAAAUGACAAUAACGUCCGAUUGUGGAAAGUGGAUUCGAACAAGGAGGAGCGAAAGGUCACCUACCUGAGCACGCUCGUGAAGCACACCCAGGCCGUCAAUGUGGUCCGGUUCAGUCCGAAAGGCGAGAUGCUGGCAUCUGCCGGAGAUGAUGGAAAUGUCCUGCUCUGGGUACCGUCGGAGCUGCAAACACAAGGCGGGCUCGGAGAGGAUCGAUCGGACGACAAGGAAACCUGGCGCGUGAAGCAUAUGUGUCGGUCGUCGGGGGCAGAGAUCUAUGAUUUGGCUUGGUCGCCUGAUGGUGUGUUCAUUAUAACGGGGAGCAUGGACAAUAUCGCCCGGAUUUAUAAUGCGCAGACUGGACAAAUGGUGCGGCAGAUCGCAGAGCAUUCGCAUUAUGUUCAAGGUGUUGCGUGGGAUCCUCUCAAUGAAUUCGUGGCUACGCAGUCGUCGGAUCGAUCCGUCCAUAUUUACAGUCUCAAGACGAAGGAUGGCCAGUUCACGCUUACUUCGCAUGGGAAGUUUUUGAAGAUGGAUUUGCCGGCCAAGCGUAUUCCUUCGAGCAGCCCGGCUCCAGAGCCCACGAGCAAGCCCGCGCCUACCAGUUCAGCGGCUAUUACCUCGCCAGCUCCCUCAACGCCCGGGACCCCACUGGCUUCAAACUUGCCAAUGGAUCCCCCGCCUGUAUCGCAUAGUCGCCGAUCAUCGUUUGGCUCUUCUCCGUCGUUUCGUCGGUCAGCAUCGCCUGCCGCAUCAUCCUUGCCACUGCCUGCGGUCAAACCGCUCGAGGCCGCGUCUCCUAGCAUCAACACCCUAGGAAUCAAGAACGCCAAUCUAUAUGCCAACGAGACUUUUACGUCCUUCUUCAGGCGACUGACAUUUACACCCGACGGAAGCCUCCUGUUAACGCCAGCGGGACAAUAUAAGACGUCGCACGUAUCUCCUACCGAUCCCUCAAAGACUACGGACGAUAUCAUCAACACGGUCUAUGUCUACACGCGCGGAGGUUUCAACAAACCGCCUCUUACGCAUCUUCCAGGCCAUAAGAAGCCAUCCGUGGCAGUCAAAUGCUCUCCUAUACUCUAUACCCUGAGACAAGCGCCUCAGCCUGCUAAGCAUAUCACUUUGGAUACCUCGUCUGGAGAAGAUGCAUUUGCUUCUCUUCCUGAGCCGGUUGUCGCCACAGAUUCUGCAGAUAAGCAGUCUAUGGAGCCACCGUCAAAUACGAAGAAAGCAGAGGGCGAAGGCACUCCCGGCAGCCCAAGCCCAGUGUUUUCAUUACCAUAUCGGGUUGUGUAUGCUGUAGCCACACAAGAUGCCGUUCUGGUAUAUGAUACUCAACAGCAAACGCCGAUAUGUGUGGUCAGCAAUCUGCAUUUUGCAACCUUUACCGAUCUGACAUGGUCGGGUGACGGUCUUACAUUGAUCAUGAGCUCGUCUGAUGGAUUCUGCUCCACUCUUUCAUUUGCACCCGGGGAACUGGGACAACCCCAUACAGCCACGACGGCACCACAGCCUGUUACUUCGAGUGCAACAUCCAACCCCCUACCAACACCAACACAUGCAGCCUCGCCCGCUGCCGCACCAAACCAAACCAGCUCGGUCCAGGUGAUUCCCCCAGCUAGUCCGGCGCGCUCCAACUCCACCACCCCAGCAUCAUCCGCUCCCGUGAUCAACAACCCUACACCAACACUUGGAUCCGUCCCUCUGGUGACAGCAACUCACUCCGCACAACCACCUACUCUUCCUCUAACCACACCUCCGCAAACACCUAUGUCAUCUGUCUCGCAGAACGGAUCAAACAGCACCACAACAGCAAACAACACCGUCCUCGGCAAAAGAGAGGAGAGUCAAGAUCAGCAACAGCAGGAGCAACAACCGAAGAAGAGGCGGAUAGCGCCGACUCUCGUCUCCACUGAUGGUCCCGAUGGUGGUAGUGAUUCAGCUCCAGCUCCUUGA